AAAAAUGAAGUAAUGUAUACAAAUUAUUAUUAAAAUAUAUGGCACAAAAUUCUAGAAGCUCUCCUGAACUGCUGAGACCUCGACCGACCACUGCUACUAUUAAUAAUGUUGGGAAGUUUCGACUACUCAAUGAUUUGGAGCCUAUUGAAGUGACUUUUAUCUUACUAGCUUUUGUAAGCAUAGUAGGAGCUGGCAUAAUAACUGUGGUGCGAAUAAAUGAUUCACCCAGAUCAAGUCCAGACUUCACUUUUGCUCUUUUACUGUUCAUAAACUUAUUGUUUAUACUGUACUACGUUGUAUUUGGUGUUUUUUGUGAACGGCCAUUUGAACUAAUUAUAUCCAUUAUUGCCACGGCAAUUGUUAUGCUCUACUGUAUUGUGGAGUAUAUUUGGAAAGGAUACAAUGACAGAGGAGAAGUACAUGAUUUGAAAUUAGGUCGUUUGAUUGUUAUUUCUGUUGUUGGUCCUAUUGAUAUUGGUUUAGGAAUAAAGAUUGCUUACAAGUUUUAUACUUCAAAGAAUCUUAUUUUCAGAACUGUUGGUGGAAAUGCACUUCUUCAAAAUAUGUGUCAAACAAUGUUUUUUUUUACUGCAUUUUUGAAGUUUGAUUUCCAGCUUGUAAUAAGCUUGCUAGUUUUGAUUUUGAAUGUUAGUCACUCACUUACAAAGGGAGAAAAAGCUGUUCUGGGUGUAGGAGUACCAAUUAGUUUCUUCUGGAUGAUUUUAGGGUUUCUUAUGAUUCGCUAUGAGAAUAUUAAAGUUAGUUUCAUUUUUUGGAUCAUUGGAUUACUGGAACCAACUUAUAUUAUUUGGUUGUUUGUCAAGACUGCAAAUCAAAUAGAUGCUGCAAAGAAAAAUGACAAUAAUCAAAAUGUUGUUUUGUUUUGUAUAUUUGCUGCCGGUAUACUGGGGUUGCUUCUUCGUACCCUCAUCUUUGUUUGGUCUUAUUUUAUUUUUAAAAAUUUUAACAAAGGUUUGAAGGAAAAAGUGUAUCAACAUAUGUCUGCUGUGCCAAUAAGAAGCACCUCUGUUGAAAGUCAGCAAAAUAACCCUAAUUACAACUCUAUGCAGUCCUCUUAAAAAGACCGUAAAGGUUUUACAUGAGAAUUCUAAAUUUUUCGUUCUUAACUUUAUUGAUAUAAAUAGCUAAACGAUGUUUCUUAUAUAUCCAUAGUUUUAUUUCGAAAAAGUACGUCUUAAAUUUUUUUUUUUUUUUUUUUUUUUUUUUCUAUAUAAAUCAAAAAGUUACCUUUUGCAGGGUAAACAUGGAAUUAGAUUUGAUCUAUUGUUAUGCAACAUAAAUACUUUUUCAUAAAAAUGCAUGUAAUUGUAUAAAAAAAGAUGACGUGUCAAAAUACUAUUUGACGUUAAUAUUUUCAUUUUUUAA